CUUGAUUGGUUGCUUAAAUUAGCAUUGUUUUACGCACGUGACUUUAAUCCGUGGAACGAUCAAUAGUCCACGGUGCGGAUGUGUGGAAACCUAACGACAGGGUACUGCCCGCGCUCCAGCAGUUGCCUACCUGUCUGGCCACUUCUGCAGUGUACAGUUAAGUCAGCGAAAAACGGCGCGGAAGCGAACGCAGCGGGUAUAAGCGUGCAAUCGACUGUUUCGCUUGCCAUUGCCUGCUUCACUGCUCGGACGCAUGCAGGAGAGAGGCUGGUGCCGAGCCUUGUGAAAAUCGUUUGCCUAUAAACUCGGCACUACCCAACAAAUGAUCCAGUUGUCAUGGAAACCUUUCCUCACUACCUUGUUAGCAAAAACAGUGCUGGACUACUGUUGAUGGAUGCCUCAUGAGUGUGAAAUCUCCCGAAUAUGUGUGUUUAUUAGGAUAUGGACCUUACAACAACCUAUCGUGCCCAAAUGAAUCCAUCGCCGAAGGCUGUGUCAGGUUCCUUGGAGAAUGACGCACCACUAACUAAAUUUCAUUCACUGGAUUCUCCUACACCAGCUGUCAAGAAAGCUUCUUUUGGAGCCUGGAGCAAGCAUUUGUACUUUAACAGCUUUACCGAAGGCUCCGGUUUGGGACAUGGACCGCAAGGUUUGAGUGGAUCCAUUCUUGAUGGCGGUAUCCCUCAAAGGAGACUUCCCACAGAACCUUCCGCGAAGCCCUUGCACCAGCCGCAUGAAAAAUCAUUUAAUCAUGAUUCCGACACCUCACACACGCCGAUGCCAGUCACUGAAUGUGGGGCGAUACCUGAUGCGUCAUCAACAAUUAGUUCAUUUGAGGUACGUGAAAGGUUAAAGUAUUGUGUGUUAAAUAAAAGGAAAAACCGUGAGAAAGAAUCACCCCAAGAAAAUGAGAAAGCAGCAGAAACUCCAAAGCAGUUCAGUAAAACGAACGAUGAAAAAGAAGAAAUAAGGCGCUCUUCCACGGGAUGCAAAACCCAAAUACCGAACCUCUUAUUGUCUAGUGUGUCACUUGACUCCUCACCCCAGGGCAAAGCGGGCUAUUUGCGAUCGAUUAACACAAAUUUUCGGCUAGAUGACUUGACUGCAGUGGUAUCUAACGAUGCGCUAGUGAACUCAAUUACUGUACCCAUGGGAAAUCUUUCUACAGAGAUUACGUCUUCGAAUAUUAAUUACAGCAGCUUGCAGACGCAUUAUCUCGGUUCGUUCAGUACCGAACAGCCGAAAGCGCGUGGUAAGCAACGAGAUGCCUAUAGCGAAGGGAGAGCUGAAGGAGAUCUUCUACGGAAGACAAUGUCCGAGCCAAGUCUUAAACUCAGAGGAACCAGUGGGCACCGACACAGAGGACGUGGCGAACGCCGCCAUGGAGCUGCUUCUGCCACAGCGGUUGCUGCGGUUGUAGCCGCGUCAGUUGGGAUGAAUGCAUUUUCUGUCACGACGGAGGACUUCUACCAGAAAUUUGCGACGAGUCUGACAGGAAAGCAACACAAGGCAGUUGAAAGUGAUGACAAUCCUGUCAUUGUGGAUUCAAUCCCAAUGGAUACGUCCGACAGCCACACUGCAACCUCAGGAACGGAACAAGACUCGUUACUUGGGAACCAUGUAGAACCCCUAUCCCUAUCAACCACUUGUAGAGAGAGCCAUAUCACAGACACAUGUAAAUUCUCGGAAGGCAAAUCUGAUUCUGUUGUCCAUUCGCUUCAAGGGAAUGCAGCUGUUAACGGAAGCUUAGGUGUAACACCUGUACCUUCCGAUUUCCACAGUAGUCCUCGAGAUUACCGGGCAAGCCUGCCUGAUUUAACCAACUCCUUUCCACUUCUUCACUCGGCAGGAAUGCCAACUUUAACAGGUUAUUUGGCAAGCAGCGGAGCAGGCGACGAAUUGAUGAAUGUUGAGCAAACUAACGAGGAUAGGACUCGUCCCGCUUCUUCAGUUCUCCGAAGCGAAAGAUUCAGAUUGUUUGGCACUCCAGGUCAUGUGCGACUUACACAUCACAUACUGCCCCGACGGCAUCAUUCUCUUGGUAUGAUCAGCCGCACCCGGUCGGCGCCUCUAGGAUUAGCCGGUAAUUCCGGGAAUAUAAGGUAUUUCUCUAGCAGUGUCAUCGCUCCCAUUACCAGCGCAUCUUCUGCCACAUCGGCAGCCAAUGUUUUAGCCAUGGAGGCGGCUUCAAAGUGUCGUUCCAACCAAACCUCGCUCACACAGUCCUGUGAAAAGUCUCCUCCAGUUGCUGUGACUUUUGAUUCUGCACCUUCAUCAUUAUGCACGGAGGAGCUACAAAGGAAUACAGUAGUCUCGCAGUUAAGGAAGAAGAUACUGGAAAGAUCGGAAUACAUCACAUCCGACCGGACUCCGGUGGACAAGUCAGAGUACGGUUCACAGUCGGUACCGGGCAGCGCACAAACCACGACAAGCAACUUGGUAUUUGCUCGCACUUCAUCCAGCCCGGUAGUCAAUCUAGUAUCAGCCAAAGGAAAGGACACAACACCGAAUCUUGGCUUCACUACCGCUCUUGCAUACAACGUUGGAAUGCUGAAUCAUCACUGCACUUGCCAAAACGAUGCAAAGCAUCCAGAGAAUCCACGAAGACUCACAGCAGUUUGGCAGAGAUUACAGGACACCGGAUUGGCCGCCAAAUGCCACCAUCAACCUGGCCGCCGGGCCACACUGAAGGAGCUGCAAUGGGCGCACAGAAGUGUAUACACCAUCCUUUUUGGCAGCGAUCCAGCGAAUCGUUGUCGCAUAGCCCCAUCGCUUUUGGCAACCGUCCGGCUGUGUCGAUUAAAUUGCGGUGGAGUGGGUGUAGACUCGGACACAGCGUGGAAUACCGCCGGGCAGACCGCCCAUGCUGCCAGACUGGCAGCUGGAUGUGUGCUUGACUUGGCUUGUCGAGUACUUGCCGGGCAAUAUCCCAACGGAUUUGCUCUCAUCAGGCCUCCCGGACAUCAUGCUGAACCUUCGCAGGCCAUGGGAUUUUGCUACUUUAACUCGGUUGCAAUUGCCGCCAGACAAGUACAGUAUUUUCAUCCACCAGUGGCAACCCGAUGUGAUUUAUUGAAAAACCUUGAAGGGCACUUGAGAUCACCAGAGCAGAUGCUCACCGACACUAUCCAAGCGAGGCGAGUUCUCAUCGUUGACUGGGAUGUCCAUCAUGGGAAUGGAACUCAAACUGUAUUUUACUCUGAUCCUUCAGUGCUUUACGUAUCUUUACACCGGCAUGAUGACGGCUACUUCUUUCCUGGUACAGGCUCUCCCGAGGAAAUUGGAGCAGGACCUGGGGUUGGAUACACAAUAAACAUUGCUUGGCCUUCAGGUUUGGUGAUGGCAGAUGCUGAAUAUCUGACAGCAUUUCGACUAAUAGUUCUGCCAGUGGCCAUGGAGUUCAAUCCAGAUCUGGUGCUCGUUUCCGCAGGUUUUGACGCUGCUCCUGGACAUCCGGCCAAUUUAGGUGGCUACAAUGUCAGUCCAGCGACAUUCGGUUGGAUGACUCGGCUCUUAUGUGACAAGAAGAUUGCCAACGGUAGGGUUGUGUUGGCGCUUGAGGGGGGAUAUGAUCUCAAAAGUCUUUGUGAAUGCACAGAAGCCUGCGUCAGGGCUCUAUUACUAGCCGCAUCCGAACACACUAAUUAUAAUGAUCAAGCAGUUGGCGAAUCGAAACUAAUGUGUUUAACUGAAACCGAACUCCGACGCGCACCAAUUCCUACUGCCGUGCACAGCAUACUCCGGUUAGCACGCAUUCACUCCAAAUACUGGAACUGUCUAUCGAAAGAAAUCCACUUUGAGGAAGCAUCCAUACCUGUAAGUAAAUGGCUUCCAUCUCAGGUAGAGAAUGUAAAACCGGCACAUAACGUGUGCGAAAACGGCUCACAAAGGUCCUGCACAAAUAUGGUGGAUGAUAAACGCUCGAGGACCUUCACAAAACAGGCCCAGUUGGAUGAAGAGUGUGACGUCAUUCAUAGUCAAACAAACGAAUCGCCAAUUAAUUUGACCAUUCGACAAACCGCGUCCAUAGACGACUCAUCAGCAACGCAACCAGUACACAGAAUGUUUGAGCAUCUGAGCAAGUUCUCAUUCAAUACCAAAGAUGAACAACUGCGGUCUGUGGAAUCUAAUGACCAAAUUGCUGCCGUGGAUCUUGCUCGGUUGGCUGAUCUACGAGUCACGCUGCAACAACAAGGGAGCGUACCCGAGUGAUUUCUAGUCAAGCAGUUUCAAUCCACGCAUUACUUCGCAACUCAUUUGCACUAUUCCACUAUUUUUGCCUUCAAUGUUUCAUCUUGUUUUGUAUCUAAAUUUCUUUUAUUUUGCGACCAGUGUCUCGAGGCAUGUCGGCUUGCGAAGCAUUUCAAGUUUGAGGAUGAAACUUUACUCAUUGCUUCCAUUAUCUCGCUGUUUCUCCCAUUUAAACUUCGUCUCAUUUUCAUGCCGCGUGUUUUGAUACCCGACGGGCGGUUAUUCUCAUUAAAUUCAAUUUGAUGCUUUGCUACCAAACAAUGCGGUCACGCUUAAUUCCUAUGAACUGAAAGCGUAUUCGUGAAGCUUACCAGUUCAUUUGAUUCUAGCACUGUGUCCCACAUCAGCAUAUGGCUGGCAUGUGGUCGGCGUGUACACCAGCUCGUGACCGUUAGGCACCGAUGACAGUUACAGCCAGCCUGGCCGCUUUGCACCUGCGAUAUAAGAUAUUUGUACCAAAAACUCACGACUACAAAUUCCAAAGCGUAAGAGCUGGGCAUUUCUUGUGCUCUAUUAUGGUACCGCAAUUUAGGUAUCUUUUUUACUAUUUGCGCUUGGUAAUCAUUCAUUUUCGCUGUGCAUGAACACAAUUUGUUCGCUGGGUAAAAAAUAAUAUCCUUAUCGCACGUUGCCAAUCUUACAGUAUAUCAGUCAGUCGAUGACUGCGUCCGCAACUGUUCUCGACAUUUGAACAAAUAUCAUCUGGUGUCCUAUGCUCUCAUCUUAUAUAUACGUAUUAUCUUCGAUUCGGGAUAUACAAGACCCGUUUACAUUUUAGAUUCGCGUAGCUACCUUUUUAUAAUAAAGUUUAAGAAGAAGCUAAGGUAC